AUGGCGGUCUUACCUCACUCACUGACAGCUCAGGUGCUGGGUUGGAGUGAUGAGCCAGGCAGCUGCAGGGAAGUGGCUCGUAUUCAUGGCAUUGAGAGCCUGGCAGACUUUAGUGAACUCCUCACUGUUCCCCAAUUGAUUCCAGCCUGGGACAGUGAGAGUAAGGGGACACAUUUUCUGAAAGUGUCAUUUCGUAUUUAUCUCCUCUUUUGUUUCUGCUACUCGUAUUUAUCUCCUCUCUUGUUUCUGCUACUUGUAGAUACCCCGUGGUGCUCCCCCAUCAAGGUGAAGUAUGGAGAUGUAUACUGCAGGGCCCCUCAAGGAGGAUACUACAAAACAGCCCUGGGAACCAGGUGCGACAUUUGCUGCCAGAAGGGCUACGAGCUGCAUGGCUCUUCGCUACUGAUCUGCCAGUCAAACAAACGAUGGUCUGACAAGGUCAUCUGCAAACAAAAGUGAUGUCCUACCCUUGCCAUGCCAGCAAAUGGAGGGUUUAAGUGUGUAGAUGGUGCCUACUUUAACUCCCGGUGUGAGUAUUACUGUUCACCAGGAUACACGUUGAAAGGGGAGCAGACCGUUACAUGUAUGGACAACAAGGCCUGGAGCGGUCGGCCAGCCUCCUGUGUGGAUAUGGAACCUCCUAGAAUCAAGUGCCCAAGUGUGAAAGAACGCAUUGCAGAACCCAACAAACUGACAGUCUGGGUAUCCUGGGAGACACCCGAAGGAAGGGACAUAGCAGAUGGCAUUCUUACUGAUGUCAUUCUGAAAGGCCUCCCGCCAGGCUCCAACUUUCCAGAAGGAGACCACAAGAUCCAGUACACAGUCUAUGACAGAGCUGAGAAUAAGGGCACUUGCAAAUUUCGAGUUAAAGUAAGAGUCAAACGCUGUGGCAAACUCAAUGCCCCAGAGAAUGGUUACAUGAAGUGCUCCAGCGAUGGGGAUAAUUAUGGAGCCACCUGUGAGUUCUCCUGCAUUGGCGGCUAUGAGCUCCAGGGUAGCCCUGCCCGAGUAUGUCAAUCCAACCUGGCUUGGUCUGGCACGGAGCCCACCUGUGCAACCAUGAACGUCAAUGUGGGCAGCAGAACGGCAGCUGCACUUCUGGAUCAGUUUUAUGAGAAAAGGAGACUCCUCAUUGUGUCCACACCCACAACCCGAAACCUCCUUUACCGGCUCCAGCUAGGAAUGCUGCAGCAAGCACAGUGUGGCCUUGAUCUUCGACACAUCACCGUGGUGGAGCUGGUGGGUGUGUUCCCGACUCUCAUUGGCAGGAUAGGUGCAAAGAUUAUGCCUCCAGCCCUAGCGCUGCAGCUCAGGUAG